CAGUGAAUUUCACUAAAAUUAGUCGUUGCAUUUGCAUACUUGCAUUGCAGUAUUUAGAGAUAGAGAGAGACAGAGACGGAGAGAGAUCUCCGUUCAGUUUCCAGAUCCCAAUCUUUACUGCCAUCACUAUGUCUACCAAUCCCGACCACUCCGAAUUACAAAACGGAUCACCCGAACCCGAACCUUCAGCUGCAACAGCUGCCGCGCCGCCGACCGACGUUCCAGAUCUCCAGAAGCCUGAUUCCAGCGACACUGAUGGACAGCCACCUGAUUCUGAGAGAUCGAGAGAAUUGCAGCCGGAGAAUUCCGAGGUUUCGAAUUCUGCGCCGGAAGGAGAAAUCUCCAGCGAAUUAAGUGAUGUGGAUUCACGCGUGGUGCACUCAAACCAAGACGUGGAGACCGAUUCCAAGGCGGAAGGGAAUCGGACAUUUACUAUGAGAGAGCUGCUCAAUGAAUUGAAAAAUGGAGAUGCGAGUGUCAACGAUGGCAGAGAGUCUGGAACUCCUCACAGCCAACAAAACUCAGAACUGCAUAUUGAGCAGAACAAUGCUGCUAUGGAGUUGAUUAAUAGCAUCACAGGUCUUGAUGAGGAAGGUAGAUCUCGACAAAGGAUUCUUACAUUUGCUGCCAGGAGAUAUGCAACUGCUUUAGAAAGGAAUCCGGAUGAUUAUGAUGCAUUGUACAAUUGGGCCCUGGUUCUUCAGGAAAGUGCAGAUAAUGUAAGUCCAGAAUCCAGUUCUCCUUCCAAGGAUGCUUUGCUUGAAGAAGCAUGUAGAAAGUAUGAAGAGGCUACACGCCUUUGUCCCACACUUAACGAUGCUUACUAUAAUUGGGCUAUAGCAAUAUCUGACCGGGCUAAAAUGCGUGGUCGGACAAAGGAAGCUGAGGAGUUCUGGAAACAGGCUACAAAGAAUUAUGAAAAGUCUGUCCAACUCAACUGGAACAGUCCUCAGGCGCUUAACAACUGGGGACUUGCUCUACAGGAGCUCAGUGCAAUUGUUCCUGCUCGUGAGAAACAGACAAUAGUCAAAACUGCUAUAGGCAAGUUCCGUGCGGCAAUACAGUUGCAGUUUGAUUUCCAUAGGGCAAUUUACAAUCUUGGAACUGUACUGUAUGGCUUAGCAGAGGACAUAUCGAGAACUGGGGGACAUGUGACUGCAAAGGAGGUUUCACCUGAUGAAUUAUACAGCCAAUCUGCAAUAUAUAUUGCAGCUGCACAUGCAUUGAAGCCUAAUUACUCAGUUUACACUAGUGCUUUAAAGCUUGUGCGGUCUAUGCUUCCGUUGCCAUAUCUAAAGGUUGGAUAUCUGACAGCACCACCUGUUGGGAACCCAGUUGCACCUCACAGUGAUUGGAAAAAUACUCAAUUUGUGCUAAAUCAUGAAGGGCUUCAACAGCUUAGCAAAGCUGAAGAUAGAUAUUCAUCUCUAAGCCUUUCAUCAAGAUCAGUGGAUUCGCCCACCAGUAAACCUGUCAUCAGAAUCUAUGUUGCAGAUAUUGUUUCUGUAUCGGCGUGUGCUGAUCUUACGCUACCACCUGGCGCUGGCCUGUGCAUUGACACAACCCACGGACCUGUUUACCUGGUUGCUGAAUCUUGGGAAUCUUUGGAUGGGUGGCUCGAUGCCAUUCGAUUAGUUUAUACCAUUUUUGCACGGGGUAAGAGCGAUGUUUUGGCUGGUAUAAUAAUUGCUUAAUUUUGUACCUGUAUAUUGUGAUGAUAUUGCAAAGUAUUUUCUUGAGAGGCCUACUGUUGGUUUAAGAACCAGUGAAGGUUGUUUGUUCAUGUAGGCUUUGUAUAUUAGCCAAUUAUUACUAUAAACAUGAGGUAGAGUUUAUACUUUAUAUUAUAGGGGCUUUGCAAUCAUUACCGAAACUUCUAAA